UUUGAACGAGUUGGAUCAUUUUGUCACCCAACCCACGUAUUUUCACAGUAUGUACAGGUGCGUAUGGUAAUUGGUAAACCUAGAAAAGGAAUUAAGACGCCAAAUGCAACAACUUUCCCAUGCAGAUCGAGAACUUAUUAUAAAGGUGUUUGAUAUAUAAUCAGAUGCUAAUAGGUAGAGAAAAAGAAUAAAAAAUGGGGUAUUGUCCAUGCUUCCGUAGCAAGAAAAAGGGGAUCAACUUGAAAACCAAGCUAAGCAACAAUUACGUCCCUAUUGAAGCCGCCCCCACUACCCCUAUCAAGUCUGAUCUUCCAGAUAAUGAGGUCAAAUAUAGCACAGUCUUGGAACCCAAACAGCAAGUAUCGAUAUCAAAAGACGGUUCUCCUCCGAGAAGCAACCUUCCAACUUUCUCAUACCGGGAUCUUGCAACUGCGACAAACAAUUUCAGGCGAGAAUCCAUUAUUGGGGAAGGUGGCUUUGGGCCAGUAUUCAAAGGGCAGCUUGAGACUGGCCAGGUCGUGGCUGUUAAGAAGCUAAAUCAUUCAGGUCUUCAAGGGGAUAAGGAGUUCUUUGUGGAGGUUCACAUGCUUUCACUGCUGCAGCACCCUAACCUGGUUAAUCUAAUUGGUUACUGCAUUGAAGGAGAGCAACGCCUUCUUAUCUAUGAAUUCAUGCCUCUAGGAUCUCUGGAGUAUCAUCUCCACGAUAUGACGCCUGACAUGGAGCCAUUGGAUUGGGAUACCAGGAUGAUAAUAGCAUCUGGGGCUGCCAAAGGCCUUGAUUACCUUCACAACCAAGCUGAUCGUCCUGUUAUCUACAGGGACCUUAAGUCAGCAAACAUAUUAUUGGGUGAGGGUUUCCAUGCUAAACUUUCUGACUUCGGUCUUGCAAAGUUUGGUCCAAGUGCAGACGAUACACAUGUGUCAACUCGGGUUAUGGGCACUCAUGGAUAUUGCGCACCUGAGUAUGCUGGAACUGGAAAACUGACUAUGAAAUCAGACAUAUAUAGUUUUGGUGUGCUCUUGUUGGAGCUAAUUACUGGAUGUAGAGCAAUGGAUGACACUCGCGAACAUGGAAAAGAAAUGCUUGUUGACUGGGCACGUCCUAUGUUGAAAGACCGCAUGAACUUUGUACAAUUAGCGGAUCCAAUGUUAAGAGGCAAGUUUCCACAAUCUGUUUUCCGCAGGGUAGUAGAACUGGCGUUAAUGUGUGUUCAGGAUGAUCCCCACGCUCGACCUCACACGAAAGACAUUGUGCUUGCUUUCAGUUACUUUGCAUCCCAAAAGCAUGAUUCACAUGCUGCUCAGUCAAAUCAGAUUGGAUCUCAAGGAGAAGAACUAACAAAUGGGAGCCCUGUUGAUUUUAAUGGAGCUGGGAUCGAUGUAAAGGAAAUGAGAGCUUUGAACAAGGAUCAAGAGCGGGAGCGAGCUGUUGCUGAGGCCAAGAAGUGGGGCGAGACCUGGAGAGAGAAAGGGAAACAAAAUGUGGAAGAUGAUUUUGAUUAUAAAUCAAGGUGGUGAUUGCAAGUUAGUUUCCUUGACAGAGAACUUCGAGGUUCUACGUAGAUUG